UUCAGAAGUCACUGCCGAGUGGACAGGCUAGAAUUUGAGGAGCAGUGAAAGCAGAGUGGGCAGGCUGGUCGUUAAAGCGUUUCACUUUAGGACCCUCCUCUCAACUAUAGCUCUUUUCGCCCGUUGUUCUCGUUUAAACGUGAAGACCUUCAGAAGAACUCGGGCCCGUCUUGUCCCCCUUCCCGGUCUUUCGAUGUUCCAAGACCUAUUUUAAAGGGACUGUGUCGUUUGCAUGCUAUUGGGACUCGUACGUUUAUUGAAUUUUAUUAUAUUAUUAUUAUUUAUCAACGUUAUAUUAACGGCUUCGGCCAUGGCAGCGAGCGCGAAGCGAAAGCAGGAGGAAAAGCACCUGAAGAUACUGAGGGAAAUGACGAGUUUGGCGCCCAACCGAAAGUGUUUCGACUGCGACCAGCGCGGCCCGACCUACGCCAACAUGACCGUGGGAUCUUUCGUGUGCACGUCCUGCUCAGGCAUCCUACGAGGCCUCAAUCCCCCUCACAGAGUGAAGUCCAUAUCCAUGACGACCUUUACACAACAGGAAAUAGAAUUUCUACAGAAGCACGGAAAUGAGGUAUGCAAACAGAUAUGGCUAGGUCUCUAUGACGACAGAACCUUGGCCAUCCCCGACUUCAGAGAACCUCAGAAAGUCAAAGAGUUUCUUCAGGACAAGUACGAGAAAAAGAGAUGGUAUGUUCCUCCAGAACAGGCUAAGACAGUGGCGUCAGUUCAUGCGUCUAUAUCUGGUUCGUCUGCUAGCAGCACCAGUAGCACCCCAGAGGUUCGACCUCUCAAAACUUUACUGGGGGAGUCAGUGCCCAGUUUACACCUCAACAAAAACACACCCAGCCAGUCUCCGGUUGUGUCGCGCACUCAGCUGACCCAACAGCAGAAUCAAGACAGGAAGUUUGAUCUGCUCCGCGAUCUGGGUGGGGACAUUUUCGCACCUCCGCACUCGCAGUCCACAGGCAACGCGAACUUUGCCAACUUUGCACAUUUCAACAGUCAUUCGGCACAGAAUGCUAACGCAAACGCAGACUUUGCGAAUUUUGAUGCGUUCAAAAGUUCUUCUGCUUCAACUGCAGCGACAUUUCAAACAGCACCACAGGCCCCAUUUCAGCCCACACAAACAGUGUACAACGCUGUCCCAUUUAGUCGCAGUGUGGGCGAAUUUACCUCAUCGCUGCCUCCACUGGCCAUGCACAGUAGCUCGUCGGGACUAGCUAAUGCCAAUUUUGCAAACUUCGAUAACUUCCCCAAGUCGUGUAGUGCAGAUUUUGCCUCAUUUAGCUCAAACCAGAGUAACUCAGUGGGGGAGGGGCAUAAAGCUGAAGCAGCCAGUGUCCCUGCAGACCGAUACGCAGCCCUCGCAGACCUUGACAACAUAUUCAGCUCUACCAAAUCUGAGCCAGGUGCGAAGCCUGCCCCUCCAUCUGCAGGUGUGUGUCCACCCCCUCCACAGGCCACUCAGCUGGGCGGCGACCGUUACGCUGCUCUAGCUCAAUUGGAGAACGUCUUCAGCACCCCAGCGUCAAACAUCAGUGGCUACAACACUGCCACAACAGCACAAGGAUCUGUAUUUGGAUCCUCAUCAGUUCCUCCAGCACAAACACAACAGGGUAUACCCAGCAUGCAUCAGGGUUUUGCAGGCAUGUCAACGAAUCCAUUUGUCACUCCAGUGGCUUCACAGGCUGCUCCCACUAAUCCAUUUCAGACCAAUGGGAGAGCAGCAGCACCAGGAGUGGGUGUGGCAGCAGCAGGCAUGUUAGGACCCAUGCAGGGUGAGGUUUACCCUGCGGCCCUCUUUGCCGCGUUUGGUCCGCCAUCCAUGAGUAUGCCAACAGGGUUUGGAAACAAUGCUGCUUACAAUCUUCCCACCAGCUUCAGCGGAAACUUCCAGCAGCCGUUCCCUGGACAGCCCUUUACCCAGCCACACGCAUAUUCACAACAACCCAACGGAGGUUUUGCUGCAUUUGGUCAGGGUAAGGUCACUCCGUAUGGGCAGAACAUGACGGCACCUGGAGUAACCAACAAUCCCUUCGUGGCAGGAGCACCAUCAGCUCAGUUUCCUGCUGGAGGAACCUCCACAAACCCUUUCUUAUAGCGCGCCAUUCGCCUCUGCUCCUCUAGGGGGCAGCAUGCAGAUUGUUCACACAUCACUGUAUUGUUUCCCCAAGUAGCUUUAAAAACAUAAGAGCAAAAGACUGGAAAAAAUAACAAAAGAAGUGUGUGUGUGUGUGUGUGUGUG